AUUAGAUUAUCUUUGGAAUAACUUCGUGUGAAAAAAUGUUUUCUCUUAAAUAUCUGGAUUAUUUUCUGGCCGAAAGUGACAUUUCCUUGAUAAAAAAUGUCAAAUCGUUCGUUUUCGAAAAUUUGGGAUACUGUCUGCCAGAAAAGGAUUUUUAUUUGACAGUUGAUGGUAAAGUUGUGAAUGAUGAUGCUCAACUGGUGCCUAACAAGUUCUACAGACUGCAUCCUCGACUUGUUGCUGGCAAGGGUGGUUUUGGUUCCAUGCUCAGAGCUCUGGGGGCCCAAAUAGAAAAGACAACAAAUAGGGAAGCGUGUCGAGAUUUGAGUGGAAGGAGAAUGAGAGAUGUGAAUAAUGAGAAAAAGUUGAGAGAAUGGACAGCUAAAGUAGGGAAGAAUGCAAAUAAAGAAUUAGAGAAAGCCAUAAGAAGGAAGGAGAAGAGAGAGAGGAUGAAGAGAUUGCCACAGCACAAGUUUGAAGAUGAGAAAUAUUAUGAGCAGAAGAAGAAAAUUGCAGAAGAUUUAAAUGAAGCUAUCAAAUACGUCCUUACAGCAUUUGCCAAUGGACCAAUAAAACGAAAGGCUGAAGAAACUAAAUCAAAUUCUAAAAUUGCCAAACUGUGGCUAGGAGCUGACGUGGAUGAUACUGAUGAUGAGGAGGACGAUGGUAAUGCGACUCACAAUAACAAUGCUACCACUGGUAACAGUGCUUGUAGUAGCAGCAGCAGUUGCGGUGCUAGCAAGGUCGGCGCUGAAAAUGAGGAUGGUCCAUCUUGUAGUGGUGGUCAUAAUGUCCCCUGUUCAUCAAACUCAAACCUGGCCAUCAUUGAUGGUGAGGAUAGUGAUGAUGAUUGUGAUGAAACUGACGAUAGUGACGAUGAUGAGGAUGAUAAUGCAGAGGAUCCUAUUAUAAAUGACAACAAUGAUUAUUAUAAAAAUGUUGAGAGACCACAAUUGUAUUCAUCAUCACCAACAUCAACAAUGGCGUCAUCAUCUGCAACAACGUUAUCGUCAUUAGCAACCUCUACACAACAAAAUGGUCAACAAAUAACUAAUGCAAUAAAUGAAACAGAUAAGAGGAUUGAUGAUGAUAAUAGCAACAAAAAUGUUAAUCCUACAUUAACUGAAACAAAGCCCACUGCCACAGAAACAACACCAUCGUCGGCAGCACAGCCUACCCCUGAUAUAAAGGUGAACCUAAAUGAUUACAAUUCCCCAGAGGAACUGGCCGAAUUAGGGAUGGAAGUUCUUAAGAAGGAAUUGACGGAUAGAGGAUUGAAGUGUGGCGGAACUUUGAUAGAGAGAGCAAGCAGAUUGUUCAGUGUUAAAGGGCUGAAUAAAGAUAAAAUCCCCAAAAAAUUGCUUGCCAAAAAAUAAUAUUAACGAUAUUAAUAUCAUAUUUUUUCUUGUUUAUUUUUGGCGUGAAAUAAAAAAAAAACUUGGGAAAU